AUGUGUCAAACUAUGGGACCUCUUACCGACUGCGCUCCACUCGCCCCUACCAAAACUGAGCCUGACGCGGUUGGUGUAGACAGCUACGUAUCGCUCUGCCCAUAUCAUCAGAUAUGCCAGAAAACAAAACGGAUUCAUUUCUGGGCCAUCAACUAUUUUGGAUCUUCGAAAGGGAUGUCGUGCUUGAUCAUGUUGAGCAGCCAGAAAAUUCUAUCCGUCGGGCCUCUAAUAUCACCUUAUAAAAGCUGGGUUUUUAUAAGGGUGUACAGAAGUGGACAUACGGAUAAAUCAUUCUUGAGACGCGUAACAAGACGGCGAUAUUGCUUCUGA